AUGCCUGAGAUAGAUUUACGCUCUGAAGUCGAUUCCGAAGAUACAAAUGAUCUGCAGAAUGAUGUUAUGCCAAUAAACUCGUUCGAAAAUCUCGAUUUUUCCGCUCGGGAUACUCUAUAUGACCAGGUGGAACAAAUCGUCAAUGAGCAUAUUGAAACUAUUACACCGAUAGCGAUUGCUAUGCAGUUCUAUAACAACAUUUUCUCGAAAUCACAGAUUCCGGAACCUUCAACCAUCUCCAUACAACGAGUUCCUUCGAUGGGAGAUCGUGGAGGAUUAUGGCUUGUUGAUCCUUCGAGAAACGUGAUAACGAUCGCAGUGGUGGCUCAAAUUAGCUCUUACGCAGAUGAUCUUAAAUGUGGAGAAUAUCUAGACAUGAGUAUCUAUAAUCAAGAAAUAAGCCUGGAUUCUUUUCGAAGAGCCUCAGCUCGGUUAUUUUUCAACGAAGUUUAUACUCCACAGGAUUCUACUGAAGAAAUAAAGCUAAUUUAUCAAUCUCAUUCCACACGGUUUCAAACAUUAUUGAAUUGUUUGCAAGCUAUAACAUCGAACUACCUUGACUCCGUGAAAGCUAUGGACAAACUGCACGAUCUCGGACAUUAUGGUUUGCAAGGGAAAACCGCGAAUAUUUUUCAAAACGUUCCAUCUCGGAAAACAAGACAAUCCUCAAGUAUGAUGAAUGUUCGCGGACAACUACCUGAUCCUAGAAAACUACGUAAAGCGGAAAAACAACAAAAUCUUCGAGCGCUAGAAACGAACGUUGUUGUUAAUGCGGUUCCAGUCACGCAGAGAGUAUUAGGUCACUGGCCGGAUUCAGAGGGUUUCAUUAGAUCGUUGGCAGAAAAACAUGAUUUGUCAUCGGUUCAGAUGCAUAUCCCCGAAGUAUACGACGCACAAGGAGUGCUGAUUCACCCCAUGGAUUAUGAAAAUGUUCUAACAUGUGGACGAAUCGUACAAGUGGAAUUCAAUUUCCAUAUUUGGGAUAUUACCAAAGCUGCUAACGGAAAGGCAAUCAACAAACCAAACCGAAUAUGUUCCAAUAUCAUCCGUAAAAUUGCCGUUCUUCCUGAUGAUGAGGACGAUAUUCGAGUAAUGUUUCACUCUGAAGCUGUCAAACGGUCAAAUGAAUUAGAACGUCAAGCCGCAGAAAAGCAUAUUGCGGAAGAAGCAAGAGAGCUCGCUCGACGAGAGGAGGUACUUCGUCUUGAACAGACUAUGGCCAAGGCAAAGAUUGUUGCUGAAACCAAGAAAAAAAGAUUAGAAGAACUCCGUCAACAAACUGUUAAACCUCUUACAUCACCCACCUUACGAAAACGAAAUUCAUCCGAAUCACUUGGUACAGGCAAAGCAGUUAAACGCGUACGUUUUGAUACAGAAACGCCCGAAGAAUUUGAAGAAGGUCAGGUCAAUGAGGAUAUUCUAAAUUUAAGAUUGAAAAAUGAGUUAGAAAAAAAGAGCAACAAAGAUGCAGGGGUUGUUCAUUUUUCAAGAGUUGAAUUAAUAGAGCUUAUUAGCAACGCACGGCAAACUACUUUUCUUGGACAGAAAACUGCCAAGCAUAUACUCGAAAAUUCAAUAGGUGGAGCUCUCCAUAUACAUUUCUCACGUGUUCGGAAAAUGAUGACAUUCGUGAAAUUUACAUGA